AUGGCCGAGUUCGCAUCGGGCGCCGUGAGCUCGUUGCUGGGCGUCAUCCGCAACGAGGCGGGGCUGCUGGGUGGCGUCCGGAACGACGUGCAGUUCAUCAAGGAGGAGAUGGAGAGCAUGAGCAGCUUCCUGGCUCACUUGGCCCGGACGGAGCCAUCCGGCACCGGCGGGGAGCACCACGACGAGCAGGUGCGGACGUGGAUGAACCACGUCCGGCUGCUCGCCCAGGACUGCAGCAACUGCAUCGACCUCUACGUCUACCACGGCAACAACCCAGAUAUCCACCGCGCCAGAGGCGGCCUCUGGCGCUACCUCUGGUGGCUUCCCUGGCUCGUACAGAGUAUCGUCCCUCUCCAGCGGCACCGCGUGGCCUUACAUCUGCGUGAGCUCAAGCAGAGGGCUCGCGACGUCAGUGAGAGACGGCAGAGGUACGACGUCAAGAUCCCGGAGAGGGCUUCGCGGUCUGGGCGGUUAACAACACAAGGCGGCAACGGCGGUGAAGACGACGAUACCACCGCCUCAGACGACGACGAUGUUCAGCAUCAGCUGGUGGUGGCAAGGGCGACAACGACCGAUCGUCGUCGUCGUCCAAGAGACUUCCUCUUCGAGCCUCCCAGUCUGGGUGGCUACAUGGAGGGGAAGCUAGUCGAGUGGAUACAGAAAUCCCUGGAACGACAACUGGGAGGCUCGACACCAUCCAUCGCCGUUAUGGCACCACGUUCCGAGGCCGCAGCAGCUCUUGCACUUGAAGUCGAGGCUUUGGCGGCAAGACAUCUCCAGUGCGGCAACGUGAUCUUGGUCGACAACAUGGGGAGAGGUAGAGGUACGCGGCUGCUGCCCUGGGCAAUUCUCUGCUACAUCCUGCGGAAGCUCCAGCAUGCCCCGUCGACUGAUUCUGAGUCUGGGCCUGAAUCCAAGUCCGAGCAAAAACAAGGCAGCGCAGCAUCUGAAAGAAACAAAGGCGGUGGCAGUGGCACAGCCGAACAAAACAAGAAUGAGGAGAAAGUAGAAGGCUUGCACGCCCAAGAGCUAGAGGCCCGCAGACUCUGGAGGUGGCUGCGAGCAGCUGUGAACCUACUCUUCAUUCGUCAGGGAAUGCCGGAGCUUGAUGAAAUCAUGAGAAAUAUCGAGCAAAUGAAGGUUACAGACAAGAUUGGAAAAAUCAAGCGCAAGAUUGAACAGAUGAAGCAGCCGGACGACCAGUUAACGCUGGAGCUGGAACAGAUCAAGGACGGUGACCUGCCGUUCCAGCUGGAAGACCAGACCUUGGCUGCUGAACCCCUUGGCGUACUACACCUGGCGCUGUUGCUCCUGGAGCUCAAAUCAAAGCCAGCUGCUGCUGCUAAAAGUAAUACUACUGCUACUAAACAAUACCAAGGAAGUAGCAAGGCAUUGCAGCAGUACCAGGCCGCCGUCCGUAAAAUCGCCACGAUGAUCAAAGAUCAUAUGGAAAUACUAGAAGAAGAAGAAGCAAAGGAGGCACCUCUGAUUUAUCUCCAUCAUACCCAAUAUGUGGACAUCCUGGAGCAGGUGUUCCCGAUGGCCAAGCCCCUGCGGGCAGAGAAACAAGCCACAGAAGCCCCCGACUCUACAGCCACCACAUUGGUCGAGGAUCAAAUCAAAGCAAUCUCUCAGGGAACUGUUAUUGAAGAAACAAUAGAGAAGCUAGGAGAACUCCAUCACAGGCUUGAAGAGCAGCUAAAGAUCAAAGGGCUCGUGGACAAGAUCAGUAACCAUUUGAAUCAAGAGAGGACCCUGAUUAUCCUCCAAACCGAAUCGGAAAACAUAUAUAGAUGGGAGGAGACAAGAAACGCUUUGAGCCUGUUGGGCUGCAUCAUCGGCGCAGUGAUUGUGACCACCAAGGAGACCACGGAAAGUGUCCAAGAAUAUUGCUCUCCACCCUGGAAGCCUAUAAACUAUUGUCUUCUUGGCCUCUAUCAUGACAUUGUGCUUGACCUUACAAGCCAGCAGAAGAAUGAAGCAAGCAACUACGAUCACAAGAUCCUCUAUGACAUCUUGAACAAGUGCGGCUCACAUGAAUUCUGCAUGAAGAUGUUCGCUCAUGCUUUGUACACCAACCCCAACAGGAGCUACAAAGCACUGUGCAAGCUAGACAGCGCCUUGCAGGAUUCGCCAAAAUCAGUGGACAGUAUUGCUAACAAGAUGUUCAUGUUCUCCUACAGGGAUUUGACAAAAGAAUACAGGUCCUGCUUGUUGCACCUAGCUAUAUUCCCUUCAGGUUGCAACCUUAGGCGGUCAACCCUGAUGGGACGCUGGGUUGCAGAAGGUCUGAUAAAUAAGGAAGAUUGGCACCAUUCUGUGCAUUGGGCCAGCCGAUGUUUUGACGCGCUUGUCAACCGGUGGCUUGUUUAUCCUGUUAAUAUUGGUGGUACGGGAAAGGUCAAGACCUGUGAAGUUGGCAGUCUAGUUCAUGGAAUCAUUACCAAGAUCGCAAGGAAACAGCAUAUGGUGAAGACAAGCCUAUCACAUCAUUUAGCUCGACACUUCUCCAUUUUCAACGAUCUCCGGCUCCGUGGUUCUGAUAAAAUCCACAUUUUCUUUCGAAACCUAUCUGAAUCAUCUCAGUUGUGUCUGCUCAAGGUGCUUGAUCUAGAAGGAUGUCUUUGCUUCGGGAAGAAACAAUCUUACCUCAAGGUCAUUUGCAGCAAGAUGUUACUGCUCAAGUUUCUAAGCCUAAGGGGAACAGAUGUUUCGCAAAUACCCAGUGAAAUCAACGAUCUCCAAGUGCUGGAGGUAUUGGACAUCCGGCAGACCAAGGUGCCUGCAUCUGCAACAAAACAUAUCCUGCUCCUGAAGCUGAAGCGUCUACUGGCUGGUAACUCUGAUACAAGUCCAAGCAGUACUGAUGACACAAGUAUGACCAAGGAACUCUCCGCUGUACGAGUUCCUAACAAGGUCGGGAAAUUUGUAAACAUGGAGGUAUUGUCCAAUGUCAAGGCUUCGCAGACUGGUCAAGAAUUGAAAGACAUUGGAAAGCUAUGGCAGCUGAGAAAGCUUGGUGUGGUCAUUGACAACAGGAAUGGUCACCUAAUAAAUCUGCUUCAAGCAAUCAGCGACCUGCAUGAGUGCCUUCGGUCUCUGUCGAUCUCUCUUUCUAAGGGUGCUGCUUCUAGUUCUAGCAGAGAAGUUGGUAUUUCCUCUCCCCUGACAUACUAUCCCGAGCUUCUUGAGAGCCUGAGCAUUAGUGGAACCACUGAAAAGGUGCAGCUGUUGCCAUUAUUGACCAAAUAUGGUAAUCAACUUUCCAAGUUAACUCUAUGUAGCACCGGGCUGCACCAGGGAGAUCUUAAUGUCCUGUACAAGUUGCCCAAGUUGUUCUGUGUUAGACUCCGAUGCAAUGCAUACAGUGAAAGAAAGCUCACCUUCAUGACCGAAGAAUUCACAAAUCUCAGCUACUUCCUUGUUGAGGGCUCUAACAUGACUGAAAUCAGCUUUGAUGGUGGCGCCCCUGAGCUCAAGAAGAUUGUUUUGUCCUUCACUAACAUAGAGUAUAUUGGCGGAGUCGAUAACCUUCCAAAAUUGGAGGAGCUUGAGCUGAGAAACAACAGCAGCAGGUUGCUUUCAUUUUUUGACAAUGCCAACCAAAUAGCCAAGGUGACUCUUUGUGGUACAUCGUUGAAGCAAUGUGAUCUUCAAAUGCUCGCCGAGAAGCCAAACUUGCGCUGCUUAGUGCUCAUGGAGAACUCUUAUGUUGAAAAGCAGCUUAAUUUCUACAGUGAUGAGUUCCCACAGCUCACCCUUCUUGCUGUCAACUGCUCUGAUGUCACCAACAUAAGCUUCAACGAACGGUCGGCUGCAAAUCUCGAGAAGAUUGUCUGUAUCUUCACCAAGAUGGACUCUCUGUCUGGCAUCAGCCAUCUUCGGAAAUUGAAGGAACUCGAGUUCAAGGGUGACAUUGUUCCUAAAGAUGUGGAAGAAGCCUUUGAUGAGUAUGAGAAACUAUAUAAAAGGAGACCCGACUAUAAAUACAGCAAGCAAAAAAAUCAAGACCAACAAAAGGAAAAUGCACCAGAAGAAGACAAUGUUUCGAAAUGCCCAUUAUUCUGGAAGAGCAAGGGUUGACGAUAGAGAAACAGAAGGCCUUUCCUUGUCAUCUGUUCAUCAUGGAGUCCCUCCAAUGGUUUGUG